GCGGGGAGGCAGGGGGCCGUCGGUCCUUCCGUCCGGAACUACCGGGGCAGGGCAGGGGAGGGGGGAGGCCGGGCACCGGCCGCAGCGCCGCCGCCAUCACGGAUUUCCUGUGGGACAAGCGCACGGGCCUCGCCGCCAGGACGAUGCCCCCCCCCCGCCGCUACCGGUCGUCGGAGCGGGGCAGCUACCGCGGGCGAAAACACAAGCGGCGGAGGAGCCGGUCGUGGUCCCGCAGCAGCAGCGACCGCACGCGCCGGCCCCGGCGGGAGGACAGCUACCACGUCCGCUCGCGGAGCUACGGGGACCGCUCGCCCGACCAGCGGCCCUACGCGCGGCGCUACUGCGGCGGCGGCGGCGGCUACCGGGGCCGGGACUCGAGCCGGGACCGCGGCCAGCCCUACUGCCUCCCCGACUGCCGUCGCUCCUACGACAGCUACCGCGGCAGCCGCAGGAAACACCGACGCCACCAGCGGCGCAGCCGCACCUUCAGCCGCUCCUCCACGCAGCGCAGCAGCCGGAGGGCCAAGAGCGUGGAGGACGACGCCGAGGGCCACCUCGUCUAUCACAUCGGCGACUGGCUCCAGGACCGAUAUGAGAUCGUCAGCACCCUGGGAGAGGGGACGUUCGGCCGGGUGGUGCAGUGCCUGGACCACCGCAGGGGCGGGGCCCGCGUGGCCUUAAAGAUCAUCAAGAACGUGGAGAAGUACAAGGAGGCCGCCCGGCUGGAGAUCAACGUCCUGGAGAAGAUCAACGAGAAGGACCCGGACAACAAGAACCUCUGCGUCCAGAUGUUCGACUGGUUCGACUACCACGGCCACAUGUGCAUCUCCUUCGAGCUGCUGGGCCUGAGCACCUUCGACUUCCUCAAGGACAACAACUACGUGCCCUACCCCAUCCAGCACGUGCGCGACAUGGCCUACCAGCUCUGCCGGGCCGUCAAGUUCCUUCACGACAACAAGCUGACGCACACGGACCUGAAGCCGGAGAACAUCCUGUUCGUCAAUUCGGACUACGAGCUCACGUACAACUUAGAGAAGAAGCGGGACGAGCGCAGCGUGAAGUGCACGGCCGUGCGGGUGGUGGACUUCGGCAGCGCCACCUUUGACCACGAGCACCACAGCACGAUAGUGUCGACCCGCCACUACCGGGCCCCCGAGGUCAUCCUAGAGCUGGGCUGGACGCAGCCGUGCGACGUCUGGAGCAUCGGCUGCAUCGUGUUCGAAUACUACGUGGGCUUCACCCUCUUUCAGACCCACGAUAACCGGGAACACCUGGCCAUGAUGGAACGGAUACUGGGGCCCAUCCCCUCCCGCAUGAUCCGAAAGACGAGGAAGCAGAAAUAUUUUUACCGGGGCCGGCUGGACUGGGACGAGAACACGUCGGCCGGACGCUACGUCCGGGAGAACUGCAAACCGCUCCGCGACCCGGCGGUGACCCAGCACCGGCCGCCCCCUCCCCCCCAGUAUGCCACGCUGGACGUCUACAACCCCUUCGACGGCCACGAGCAGGCCCAGCCACUCCCGUCUGCACCCCCGGCGCCGGCCAAACCGCCCCCCGCCGCGGCCCCUCAGGCCCCCCGCCGGCCCAGCCCCACGGACCCCAAGAACUAUGGAUCCUACGGCACCCAGCAGGCGGCGGCGGCGGCCACGGCGGACCUGCUGAGGCAGCAGGAGGAGCUGAACCGCAAGGCCGAGGAGCUGGACCGGCGCGAGCAGGAGCUGCGCCACGCCGAGGCCUUGGGGGGAGCCUCACCCCCCCGACAGAACAACUGGCCCCCGCUGCCCGCCUUCUGUCCCGUGCAGCCCUGCUUCUUCCAAGAUAUUCCCAUGGAGAUCCCCCAGGAGUUCCAGCGCAUAGUGACCACUAUGUACUACCUCUGGCUGUGCAGCGCCGCUUCCCUCCUCCUGAACUUCGUGGCCUCCUUGGCCUGGUUCUGCGUGAGCACGGAGAGGGGCGCGGACUUCGGUCUGGCCCUCCUCUGGGCCCUCAUCUUCACCCCCUGCUCCUUCGUCUGCUGGUACCGGCCCAUGUACAAGGCCUUCAGGAGUGACAGUUCCUUCAAUUUCUUCGUUUUCUUCUUCAUUUUCUUCGUUCAGGACGUGGUGUACGUGCUCCAGGCCAUCGGCAUCCCCGGCUGGGGCUUCAGCGGCUGGAUCUCGGCGCUGAUGGUGCUGAAGACGAACCCGGCCGUGGCCGUGCUGAUGCUGCUGGUGGCCCUGCUGUUCACGGGCAUCGCCGUGCUGGGCAUCGUCCUGCUCAAACGGAUCCACUCGCUGUACCGGCGCACGGGAGCCAGCUUCCAGAAGGCCCAGGAGGAGUUCGCCGCCGGCGUCUUCGCCAACCCCGCCGUGCGCACCGCCGCCGCCUCCGCCGCCUUCCGGGGACCCUGACCCCCGGGCACCCACCCACCCCCGCACCCGGCCCCGGCACAGCCGCCGCCGCCGCCUCUCGCCCGCCGGCCCCGGGGAGGGGCGAGAGCUCCGGCCUCCCCCAGACCGACCCCUCCCCCAUCACGCCCCCCCACCCCAGCCCCUUCCCCCGUGCCAAGCCAGAAUCUGCGGUUAUUUAAAUAAAGGAAACACGACUGGAUUA